ACCAGCCUCGUGGAAGGAACAAUCGGAAGAAGCUCCAUCGCCAUCAACGCCAAUUUACAUUUAUCCAAUCCUCUAGCUUCCGCACAUCAGUCUAAAAAAGGAUACUUCUUGAAAUACUAACUGGCCGCCCUGCAGCUCGCUCAUGAAUAUCUAAAGAUGGCAUACGAUCCUCGAGGGGAUCACCAUGACCGGAGAGGGCCAGGCGGAGAUGGUGAUGGUGGUUUUGUGAGAGCUCGAGGUCGACGUCCGGUCACCGAUUAUGGAUCAACCGUUGCCAACUGGAUGCGCCAUCGAGCACCCUCGGAAGGCGACGCAUACACUGGGGAGAUCGAGCGGCCCAGUGCGAGCUUCAUCGUCGACUUCAUACCACCUGCUGCCAGAAGGACAGACCCUGGUGACACAAUCCCGGUGAAGCAUCUCCACUCAUCACUCAACAAGAUCAAGCAUCCCAUCAACGUCGUUCGCUGGACACCAGAAGGCCGCCGUCUCCUGACUGCUUCUAGCAGUGGAGAGUUCACAUUAUGGAACGGCACGGGAUUCAACUUUGAGACCAUUAUGCAAGCCCACGACUCUGCCAUCAGAGCGCUGGCCUACUCCCACAACGACGACUGGCUCAUCUCUGCCGACCACGAUGGAAGCGUCAAGUACUGGCAACCCAACUUCAACAACCUGCAAAGUAUCGCCGCGCACAACGACCCUGUUAGAGAUCUCGCCUUCAGUCCCAACGACUCGAAAUUCGUCACCGCUUGCGACGACUCGACUCUGAAGAUCUUCGACUUUGCAGGCGGGGUGGAGGAGUCCAUUCUGAAGGGCCACGGAUGGGACGCCAAGAGCUGUGACUGGCAUCCGACCAAGGGCUUGUUGGUAUCAGGCUCCAAAGACCACCUGGUCAAGCUGUGGGAUCCCAGAACUGGCCGGUGCCUAACCACCCUCCAUGGACACAAGAACACAAUCACUAAGACCUUGUUCGAAAAGGUGCAAGGCGACUGUCUCGCGACAUCAGCACGAGACCAGACCGCUAGAGUCUUCGACCUCCGAAUGAUGCGCGACAUCUGCUUGCUCAAGGGACACGAAAAGGACAUCUCCACAAUUGCCUGGCAUCCAGUCCACUCCAAUCUGCUGACCACAGGUGGCCACGACGGCUCCCUACACCACUACAUCCUGGACGAGCCGAACACGCCCGCCGGCCAUGCCAGCUCCAUGGCCCCGUACGACAGCUCUGAUCCCUCGACAACCACAGCACAGACGAUAUACCCCGCGCACAAGGUCCCUUACGCUCACGACUUCGCUAUCUGGUCUCUGGAUUGGCACCCCCUUGGCCAUAUUCUGGCCUCCGGCUCUAACGAUCGUAUCACGAGGUUCUGGUCCCGAAAGCGCCCUGGGGAUGCCGAUGUCUUCCAGGAUCGCUACCACGUCGGGGAGGCAGCAGCAGAAGCAAACGGAACCUGGGACCGCCGUGGUGGUCGUCGCCAGCGCCAGGAAGAAGAGGAGCAGGAGAUGGAAGACGAGAUGGAUGGCCUCGUCGACCAAAAGAUGCCUCUCAAGCAACCCACAGUGCCUGGUUUCCCCGGCCUUCCGGGCCUGCCCGGGCUGCCCGGACUUUCUAUGCCGCAGAACGGCCACGGCGGUCCUGUUCCACCACCGCCCAUGAUUCCUGGCGUGGGUUCUAACGGCGGAGCUCCCCCCCCUCCUCUUCCCUUCCCUUUGCCCGGCCUAAACGGCGCACCACCACCGCCGAUUCCCCUACCCGGCGGCAUCGACCCGAGCAACCCUGCCGAUCUCGCCAAGAUCGCCGAGAUGAUCCAGAAGGCUGGAGGCACUCUCCCACCGCCGCCUCCCGGCGGCUUCGCACCACCCGGCUUAGUGCCGCCGUCAAAUUUCGUGCCUCCCCCGGGGUUUCCUCCCAUGCCUAUGCCGCCUCCCUCGAAUAACCACAACGAUAAUUACGACAGUCGUGGCGGUAGGAGAGCCCCGCUGCCUAGUCAGGAGGAGAGCCUUAAAGCGGAGCAGCGACGGGGCAACUACACCAGGUCCCGUUAGGAACGCCUCCAGGGUAAGGCUGAGGAGAAGAAAGCGAAGCCGAGAAACCAGCAUGACCUAGUCGCGGUGUUAUGGUAAUCCUCCAUGUAUGAUAUUGACUCAAGCUGGACAACGGGUUGAUACCCUGGCGUUAGACGGAAACCAAAAAACAACAACAACACAAGUCAAAAUACGAUAAAGAACACACAGCAGCUCAAUUUUCCUCGCGCAUGUGAUAUAUGUGGGGGCAGUUUGUCGCCAACCAUCUGUUCAGCGGAGCCUGUCUAGUGUACAAGUACAUUGUUGCUGGAAGGAAACCCUCGUCGCCCGCUUAGUGCUUGCUUGCCAAUAAAAAUAAAAAGCCUAUAAAAAGCCUAUAAAAAAAACUCCUCUAUUCUUAUGCAAAUGUGAUGCGGCCAGCCUCUCGUGAUUGCCGCCCAAAGAGGUACAAUGAUGGUACAGACAUGGAAAAGAAGAAAAUCCGCAUCAUCUUGCUGAAUGUCUGCCGAGAAAAGGAAAAAGUGGAGGAAGGGGAGCAAAUGACUUGGAAAAUGCCAUGCAUCCUUUGCUAUGGCUGCGGCUCCCCCGUUCCGUUCUAGUCCAAUCUCAUGUACUCGGUCUACGAACGGGACUGCGAUCCGCCCUUGCUGAAGGACUUCUGCCUGUCGGCGUAGUCCUUGACGACGAUGGCGCACGACGUCUCGGUGCACAGCCUCUUGCGGCGCUGCGGCGCGAGCUUGGAGGCGAACUCGAGGCCGGCGGCGCGCUCGACGGCCUCGAGGGGCAUCUCGAACUCGGAGAGAGGCUUGUUGUUGGGAAUCGGGGCGUUAGGCAUGACGAAGGCGCCGAUGGCGACGUUGCCGCCAGCUUUGCCGUCCUCGGCGAAGAUGACUUUGUAGAAGUGGGUGGGCACGGCGACAUUGGGCGGGUUGCCGAUGACCUCGUACUUUGUGUACCACUUGCCGUCGACGGGGUCGCGCUUGGGCAGGUAGAGCGGGCCGGUGACGAUACGGACGGAGGGGUAGCGGGUGGUCAGGCGGCGGCAGAAGUCCUCGAAGUGCGCCCAGUAGUCGCGGUUGAAGCCAUCGCCGACCUGGGGGCACAUGUUGGAAAGGUAGAACGUCUCGUCCAUGGCCUUUUGGGACCACUUGCAGUCGGCGGCGGGGACCUGGUGGCCGCGGUCGUAGCCGCUACGGAAGUAGUCCUUGAGCUUGGCCUGGAACUUUUCGGGGACGGCUUCAUCUUCGAGGAAGGCGCUGUGCUUGCGAUCGCCGCCGCGUUGGGCGAGGGAAGCGGCGGUGAUGUGCUCGACAACCCAGUGCGGGUUGCGCGUGCGGCGGUCGUAGCUCGAGAUGAGGGCCUGGCGGGUCGCGAGGUCGGCGACGGGGCCGGGGAAACCGUAUUCGAAGAGGCCGGCUGGGUCUACGGGGUUGCCGGAGACGGAGCCGGGUGGCGACGGCGCAGCGGCGGCGGAGGCGGCGGAGGCAGGAGAAAGCGGCGCGUUGGGGUUGGUGAAGACCUGUGUGCUAGGCACCGGAACGGGGGGCGAGGUGGAGAGUGAGGCUGUAGCGGGUACCGCGGUGGGAGGCUGCUUCUGGGAACGGAGCGAGUACAUGGUCGCCGUGAGGGCGGCGCCGCCUCCCGCGCUUAGUGCUGCGAUGAGGGCGAGAGAUGUAGUCUUGGACAUGGUGGCGAUGGGUUUCGCAGCGCACGACCGCGUUUUGUGUUGAAGGGUUGUUGUUUUGUGGUGGCAGAACCGGGAAGGGAAGAGAAGAAUGGCAAUUUUCCAAUGUCAGUCAGGCGCCUGGCGAUUAUGACACUGCUCUGACCGGGAGAAUUGGAAGGAUGGGCAUGUGGUGAUGGUGGUGUGGUGGAUGUCUCAGCUAUCUUCCGCCGGACAUAUGGGUCAGCUUCGGAGCUGGAAAAUUUUGGGCAAUGGACGGCGGCCGCGUU